AGCUGAGGUGCUCAGCGAGCCGGAGGAGCCCGCACCGCCAGCUCGGAGCUCAGCGAGCGGGAGGAGCUCAGCAUGCCCGAGCCGGAGCUCAGCGAGCGGGAGGAGCUCAGCAUGCCCGAGCCGGAGCUCAGCGAGCGGGAGGAGCUCAGCAUGCCCGAGCCGGAGCUCAGCGAGCGGGAGGAGCUCAGCAUGCCCGAGCCGGAGCUCAGCGAGCGGGAGGAGCUCAGCAUGCCCGAGCCGGAGCUCAGCGAGCGGGAGGAGCUCAGCAUGCCCGAGCCGGAGCUCAGCGAGCGGGAGGAGCUCAGCAUGCCCGAGCCGGAGCUCGCGCUGCCAGCCGAGGAGGAGCUCGCGCUGCCAGCCGAGGAGGAGCUCGCGCUGCCAGCCGAGGAGGAGCUCGCGCUGCCAGCCGAGGAGGAGCUCGCGCUGCCAGCCGAGGAGGAGCUCGCGCUGCCAGCCGAGGAGGAGCACUGUGAGCCGGAGGAGCUCAGCGAGCAAAUGCCGGAGGAGCUCGGCGAGCCGGAGCAGCCCAGCGAGCCACCCACUGAGAAGCCCGCACCGCUGCUGGCGGACCUCAACGAGCCGGAGGGACCGGCGUUGCCAGCAGAGGAGCUCAGCGACCUUGGUGAGCCUGCGCUGCCACCGGAGGAGCUCGGAGGUCCGGAGGAAUCCGCUGAGCCAGAACUGGAGGUCUGCGUGCCGGAGGGGCCGCCACGUCCUGCAGCCCGGCCGCCACGUCCUGCAGCCCGGCCGCCACGUCCUGCAGCCCGGCCGCCACGUCCUGCAGCCCGGCCGCCACGUCCUGCAGCCCGGCCGCCACGUCCUGCAGCCCGGCCGCCACGUCCUGCAGCCCGGCCGCCACGUCCUGCAGCCCGGCCGCCACGUCCUGCAGCCCGGCCGCCACGUCCUGCAGCCCGGCCGCCACGUCCUGCAGCCCGGCCGGUACAUCGGGAAUCGUGGGUGGUGCUGAGGCGGGAGCUGCAACGCCGCCGCCGCCACCAGACCCGUGGCAGGCCGCCAGAACCGUUCCGCCGCCAUCGGACCCGUGGCAGGCCGCCGGAGGAACGGCGCCGCCGCCACCGGACCCGUGGCAGGCCGCCGGAGGAACAGCGCCGCCGCCACCGGACCCGUGGCAGGCCGCCGGAGGAGCAGCGCCGCCGCCACCGGACCCGUGGCAGGCCGCCAGAACCGUUCCGCCGCCAUCGGACCCGUGGCAGGCCGCCGGAGGAGCAGCGCCGCUGCCACCGGACCCGUGGCAGGCCCCCUGAACUGUUUUGCUGCUGCUGCCGGACCCGGGGCCGUCCACCGGAGAUCCUGCGCUUCCGCCACUGGACUAGAGGUAGGCCACCUGAACUGUUUUCGGCCUCUGCCUACCCACAGCAGGUUUCGCCCAUUUCUGCCGCCCACCGGGUCGGCACCCAGAACUAUAUUUGCUGCCGUUAGGGCUGGGGUUGGACUACUGAACUGAGUUCUUCACUUUUCUUUGUUGUUUGGUGGUGUUGGCGGUGAGGUUUUGGGGCCCUCCGUCCUGGACCCCCCGCCUCCCGCCCUGGGUUGGUUGCUCUGUGGUUUUGUUUUGGGUCGUCGGGAGUCGACCCUUUGAGGGGGGGUACUGUCACGGACCCGGUUCCGGGGACUCGGGGUUCGUGAACAGUGUGGACCUUUAUUGUUAUUUGUGUCUUGGAUGUAUGUUUGCUGCACUGUGCUCUUGUGUUCCAUGCUGGUGUGUGUGUGUGUGUGUGCGUGUGUGGGUGGGUGUGGCUGGAGGAUGAAGGACAGCCACCUGCAGGCCUGAUGGGUGUGGCCCUGCCAGCUGCUGGUCACGCCUAGCUUCCCACACACCUGCUUCUGAUCAGGAUCGUCGGGGGAGCUACUUAACAGAGCGAUGGAGCUUCCUCCGGCGCAGGAUCGUUGAGUUAGACUCCACGAGGACAGCGGAACACAGGACUGCGAGACACACGGGGUGUGUGAAGGCACAGGGGCAGAGAGCACGGGAUACCAGCACUUGGGAGAAGACACGUCACGGGAGUCGAGGGAGCACUUUGGAGAAUUAUUGUGUGGUGUACAUUUACCUCACUGUAAAUAAACCCACUGUUCAUUCCUCUAAGUCCUGCGUUUGGGCCCUCUCUCCAACACCCCCCACGGUCUGGCCCCCAGACCGU